GGCUUGGUUUCUCUGCCUAGAGGAGUUGCGCUGACGCCGCCACCGAGAACGGUACAGCCGCCACCUGUUAACCACCACCGCCAGCCGUGAACCGCCCUCUUGAGUCUUGACCCAUAAAUAAACAUAAAAUGAAAUAAAAUAAAACAACACCCACUCUCUCCGACAUCCUGAAUCAAAUCUGUUAGGUUCUUAUUCUGCGACAUGCAUGGUGCCAAGAUUUUUAUCAGGAGACAGGAAAACUGCAGAAGGUUUGUCUAUGGCGUUCUUUAUCGGUGCCAGUUGCAGUUUUCAAAAAUAGACAAGGUAGACCCAGAUGCAUUCAAGGAAUCAAAGGAUGUGGAUCAAGUUUCCAUGAAGCCUAAAGUUGAGAAGAAGAUGGAGGAACCCACCAAGUACAGUUCCGGUGAUGUAGAUUUAGCCGAUAGUAAGUGGAAGUUGGAGCUUGCUUGGCUCACCAAAGCUCUCGAGCCAGCUCUGCAACUCUAUAAGCGGGCUAUGCCCUCAGCAGGGAAUGGAAUAGAUAAGCUGCCGCCUAGCACUCGAUCUGUAUCUGAGAUUAUUGCAAGCAUUCAGCGGAGUAAGAUAGGGAUAGAAGGUUGGAGCUUGAGUGAUUUUACAAUAGGGUUGUAUCUUAUUUAUCUUCGGCAGGCAUCUUUAAAUCCAUUUGAAGAUGUUAAGGGAGUUCAGAUUACAUCGGACUCAGUUGUCCAAGAUCUCAUCUAUCACCUUGAAUUAGCGAAAGGAUGCUAUAGGGAUAAUACAGCUGCCAUUGCAAGAAACACCAUGCUUCGAGAAAGCAAUAUUUUGAAAUUUGUGAAAUAUUCCAGUGUGAUGAGGCCUGGCUAUUAUAUAGGAAUUGAUCCCCGUAAGAAACUUGUAAUUUUUGCUAUCCGUGGGACUCAUACCGUCUAUGACCUUAUUACUGACAUUGUAACCUCAAGUGAUGGAGAAGUCACAUUGGAAGGCUAUUCAACUCAUUUUGGCACAGCUGAAGCUGCUCGUUGGUUUCUUACACAUGAGAUAGGAACAAUAAGAAAGUGCUUGGAGAAAUAUCAGGGAUUUAGGUUAAGGCUGGUGGGGCAUUCCCUUGGAGCUGCUACAGCUUCUUUACUGGCAAUAAUGCUUCGAAAAAAAUCACAUAAGGAGCUUGGUUUUAACCCUGACAUUGUUACCGCAGUCGGAUACGCAACUCCCCCUUGUAUGUCCAAAGAACUUGGUGAAAGUUGCUCUGAUUUUGUUUCAACUGUUGUUAUGCAGGAUGAUAUCGUACCUAGAUUAAGUGCUGCUUCUCUAGCAAGGCUGAGGAAUGAAAUUCUUCAAACAGAUUGGAUGAGUGUGGUUGAGAAGGAAGACUGGAAAAGUGUGAUAGAUUUGGUCACAAAUGCAAAGCAUGUCAUGUCUUCAGUACAGGAUGUGGCUUGGAAGCUCGCUGAUUUUGCAAAGUUUAGAAAAUUUCCUGUUAGGGAGGAAUCACCAGCUGCUCCCUUGGUCCCUUCGGCUUCUAGAUCUGAAAUAAAGGAUGCCACUGUUGUUCUAAAGGAAGAAGCUGCUUGUGCAGUACCUGAGGAGUUAUUUGUUCCAGGGGCUGUUUACUAUCUGAAGAGGAAUGUAGAUGGCUACUCUGAUAGUGGCAGCGGGACAGGCAUUGAGUAUUUCACUCUCUUGAGGAGACAUCCAGGUGAACAUUUCCAGAGAAUACUGCUCUCGGGCAACCUAAUCUCUGAUCAUAAAUGUGAUAGCCACUACUAUGCACUUCGAGACGUACUUAAAGCCUUGCCCAGUUCCAAUGAUGAAAGCAUUUUUAGAUAGAAAUAUUAUUUGAUGUUUGAACAUCCUUUCUGUCCUUUAAAUUGUUGAUGGUUGUAUGUUGAGGUAGUUUUGAAGCAUUUUCACUGCAGCAAUUAUGCUCCUGUAGUUCAUGUACUCUUGCCUAUAAAAUUUCUUAUUCUUUACUCAAACCAUCCCCAAGUAAUGUAGACUUGGCAACAUGUACAUGUAUUCCUUGAUCUCUCGAUUGAAAAUUUUAGUAU